CUCUCUUUCUCCCUCUAGAAGAACCUUAUUCCUCCAAAAGAAAAUAUUAAAAUAUCUCUGAUUCUUAUCCCUUUACACCGCCUCACAUCAUUUCCCUUCAUAUAUUAUUACAAAGUUCAAAUCUUUAUGUAUUACAAGAUCUGAUUUUGGAUUUGAGGAUUUAGACCUUUUCUGGUUUUUUUUUUGUUUUGAGGUAACUCAAUUUUCUGGGAAAUGUCGCUUUUACCCAAAAGCGAUUCGAUUCACAUUCGAGAAGUAUGGAGUGACAAUCUGGAACAAGAGUUCGAUUAUAUCCGAGAAAUCGUCGAUGAGUAUCCGUACAUCGCAAUGGAUACGGAGUUUCCAGGUGUUGUUCUCCGACCUGUCGGAAAUUUCAAGAACAGUAAUGAUUAUCAUUACCAAACCCUAAAGGAUAACGUGGAUUUGUUGAAGUUAAUUCAGUUGGGGUUAACAUUCUCUGAUGAAAAUGGGAAUUUACCAAAGUGUGGUACCGAUAAAUACUGCAUUUGGCAGUUUAAUUUCUGUGAUUUUAAUCCUAAUGAGGAUGUUUAUGCUAAUGACUCAAUUGAGUUGUUGAGGCAAAGUGGCAUUGAUUUCAAGAAGAAUAUCGAAAAGGGCAUCGAUGCGAAGCGAUUUGGUGAGCUUUUAAUGUCUUCAGGAAUUGUGCUAAAUGAUAAUGUGUAUUGGGUUACAUUUCAUAGUGGUUAUGAUUUUGGCUACUUGUUGAAAAUCUUGACUUGUCAGGAUUUGCCUGAUACUCAAACAGGUUUCUUUAACUUAAUCAACAUGUAUUUUCCUGUGGUUUUCGAUAUUAAGCAUUUGAUGAAGUUCUGUAAUAGUCUUCAUGGUGGAUUGAACAAGCUUGCUGAACUUUUGGAGGUUGAGAGAGUUGGUGUUUGCCAUCAGGCCGGUUCGGAUAGCUUGCUUACAGCUUGUACUUUUAGGAAGUUGAAAGAGAACUUCUUUAGUGGAUCAAUGGAAAAGUAUGCCGGUGUCUUGUAUGGUCUAGGUGUUGUUGAGAAUGGACAGAAUGUCCAUUGAUGAAGAAAGAAAAAAUGGAAAAAAAAAAUGUGAAAAAAAAAACAGAAAAAGAAAAGAUAGAUGUUUAGUGUAUUUGUGUGUGCUUAUGAUGCCACACUACUCUGUAAACUUUUAAUGAGAAAGUUUGCUCUUCAUUUAUGAUAUCACCCUUCUUUUGGCUCAA